AUGAAAGGGAAAGAGAUAAAUGGGCAAAUAAUUAAGAAUCUAGCUUUCAAUGGAGAUGUUGUCAUUGGGAAUUCUUUGAUUGAUAUGUAUGCGAAGUGGAAACAGUCUAUGAAUCUUUUUGAAAAAAUGAGAGUUUUUGGAAUUAAACCCAACUCUGUAACAUUCACUACGGUUCUGGCUAGUUGCAGUCACUCGGGGCUUGUAGAUGAUGGUUGGAGGAUUUUUGAAUCAAUGAGAUCAAAUUAUAGGGUGGAACCCAUGGUAGGACAUUAUGCUUGUAUGGUGGACUUCUUAGGCCAUCUUGGGUAUCUGAAAGAAGCACUGGAAUUGAUCGACAAAAUGCCUGAACAACGUGCUCCAAGUGUUUGGGGUGCCCUUCUUGGUGCUUGCAGGAUGCAUAAUAAUGUGGACAUGGGAGAAAUUGCUGCUUAUCGGCUUUUUGAAUUGGAGCCUAAAAAUCCUAUUAAUUACGUUGCAUUGUGUGGUAUCUAUGAUUCUGUUGAUCGACUGGAUGGAGUUCUACGGAUAAGAUCAAGGAUGAGAGAACUAAGGAAAGCUUCAGUUGCAUGA